GCGGGCGUCCUCUCCGGGCGGGUCUCGCCCGCCGCGCUCCCCGGGGAGCCGCCGCGCGCCCGGGCCUCCGCCCGCCGCGCGGCAGGCCUCGCGCCAAGGGCGCCGCGAGCUCCCGGAGCCGCGCGCCGCCGCGGAGUGCGGACGCGCUGUGUCGCGACCCUCCUGCAGCGUCCCCAGACCUCCUGGCGUCGUAAAAAAAGCACGACGGGAGACCUCUGGGGAUCGACGUUGUGAAAAAAUCACGACGUCGGGGGUCUGGGUCAAGCCGCCACCCAAAAAACAAAAGUCGGAGCGCCAGGUGCGCUCCGCCCGGGAAGCCGUGCGGUGCAGGCGACCGGCCACGAAGGGCGCCGCGAGGUGCAUCCGCCGGAGAGCUUGUUGGAAGAACGAGAGCGGGGACGGACCAAGCGGUCAGUCGGGCCUGUCCCCCUACAGGGGGAUUUUGUCGACGAGAAAAAAAAGAAGAGGAGGGGGACGGCAGAGAGACCGCAAGCGCUGCGCAGGCGUCAGACGUCGAGGACGUUCUUGCAGGCGCUGCUCACGGUGGCCGCCUCUGCGUGGUCAUCCUCGCCGAGGAGCCCCCCUACGAUAUAGCCCGCGUGCCUGCGGU